CUUCUGUACCAACAAUCAUGGCUGCAACCAUGGAAGUGAAACAUCUCGCGAGCUCAUUGAUCAAGCCGGAGACGCCAGUCCAAUUAGAAGUACCACUCAACAUCUUCGACAGGUCUACAGCAGACCUGCACAUUUCAGCACUCAUCGUCUACAACACCCCCACGGCCAGCAACGUCCAAAUCAAGCUUGCCUUGGCAAAGGCUCUCGUCCACUACCCAAUACUGGCCGGAAAACUAUCGUUCGAAUCUCUUUCUGUAAUCGUCGAUGGCGAUUCCGGCGUUCCUGUUACUGAGACUGAAGUAGAAGGAAACCUUGACGACUAUCUGCCCCUUAAGGGCGGCCCUGAUCUCCUCCCCCUCCAUCCCUACACAGAAGAGACCAACCCACUUUUCCUGGUCCAGCUUAAUAGGUUUUCUUGUGGUGCCUUCAUCCUCGGGCUGUGCACCAACCACAUAAUCGCCGAUGGACAGGCCAUGAGCAGCUUCUACACCACCUGGUCCCAAUUUGUCACCGGCCGUGAGGUUAAGCCUCUCCCCAUUCUCGACCAAUCUCUUCUGAAACCCAGGGACCCUCCGACUCCUCAGUUCCCUCAUGAAGAGAUCGAGUUUAGCACGUUGCAGAGGGAUAAGCCGACGUUUCUUGAAGGUCCCAUGGAGAAUGUGCGUGUGCAUUACACACACGAUUUCAUCCACAAGCUCAAGGAGAGAACGGGGUUCAGGCACAGCACCUUCGAGUGCCUGCUGUCUCACCUGUGGAAGAAAGUGUGCAUAGCAUGGGGCCUUGAUGGGGAGGUUGUCUCGCACGCAGUGUUCUCAGUGAACGGGAGGCCGAGACUGGGGAUUCCUCCAGAGUACUUCGGGAAUCUGUCCCUCUUGGCAUUUCCGGCUUCCACAGUGAAGGAGCUGCUGCAGGAAGAUCUAGAAUAUGGUGCAAAGUUAGUGAGAGAGGCGGUCGGCAAGACCGGACGCGACUACUUCCAGUCCUACAUCGACUUCGGAGAGCUGAACAAAGACAAGGAAUUGUAUCCAUCGGUUGGUGCAGAUGGCAAUAGCUUGGCCCCAGACUUGGAGGUCGACAGUUGGCUGGGCUUCCAAUUCACAGAGAUAGACAUGGGAGGAGGUGCGCCUUAUGCAAUGUUGCCCUCAUGGAUUCCGGUGGAAGGCAUCGUCAUAUUCAUGCCUGGACCGCCGGCAAAAGAGAAAGGGAACAAGGCAGAGAGAUGGAGCAACGGGAUCGACGUGAUCGUGUCGCUCUUGCCGGAGAAUGCAGCUGCUUUCUUGAAGAUUGCUCACUCUAUAGAUUGAAAAGCAGAACUAAUGCUUAGUUAAGCCCUCCGAUCGUUGCUCCAUGUAGACCGGAAAGGCACGCCUUCUCAAAAUAAACGUGCUGUGCUAGUACAACCGACCUUUUCUAUUUGGCAUGGUGUCGACUUGGUUUUUUGUAAUGCGAAUAACCAUCGUCAAUAAGAUCAGUAAACUUCUGCCGGUGCUCCGCAAGCCUGCAACAUUGACCUUGUCCGCCAAAUUUGUUCAUGGCAUGGCUUAAGUUGUUAAUGGCAGCAAUGUUUGCCAAAAUCAACCGAUUCUAAUCAAAUGGAUGUGGAUGACUGGGAGGCGA